UUAAUGUGUCCGGGCGACGUUCAAAACAUUAUCUAGCUGCGCGCACGCCGUACGCUACAACCGAUUUGUUUUUACAUAACAAUAUAAUCAAUUUAUUCAAUUUUAUUACGAAGAAACACGUUUUUAAGUGCCGAGUUUUAUAAUUUAUUAAUCUAUUAUUAAACUGUUAAUGUUUAUUUAAGUUAUUAAGUGAAACAAAUGUGCUGUGUUAUUUAUAUCUUAUAAGUUAAAGUUAACAGAGAUUACGUGCAAAAAUGGCUCAACCCGGUUAUGAAAUUAAACCGAUUCAAGCUGCGGACACUGAAGAUGUAAUGAACUUGUUGAGAAAAACGUUCUUCAUCGACGAACCAAUGAACCUAGCUGUCGGGCUCUGCAGUGAAGGAACAUGCACCGAGCUUGAGAAUUACUGCAAGAAGGCCUUGCCAGGCGAUGGUUGUUCCUUCAAGGCAGUUGACAAAGAAGGCAAUAUUGUUGGAGCUAUGGUUAACGAACUUGAUACUUUAACCGAGGGAGAUAACGGCAGCGGCUACUUACAAAUGGCAGAAAACUGUGCAAACCCUAAAUUCAAGAAGAUUCUCUACGUGUUGGCGAAGCGGGAGGAAGGUGCCAGGCUCGCUGAGAAGUUCCCCAAUGAUGACAAACUGCUGGAUGUGAAGAUCGCGGCCACCGACCCUAACUGGAGGAAGCGAGGCAUCAUGAACGCAUUGUUGAAUGAAACAGAGAAGCUAGCAAAGCAGCGCGGGGUUAGAAUUCUUCGCAUGGACACUUCCAGUGCCUACUCAGCGAUGGCCGCCGAGAGGCUCGGCUUCACCUGCAUGUACUCAGCUCCAUACAACGAGAUCAAACUCGACGGUCGCCCCCUUAUCGUUCCGGAACCGCCGCAUGUCGACGAUAGAGUCUACAUCAAGAUAAUGUUCGAUAAAAACAACUAACAACAAAUGUGUUGCGACUGAAAACUCUUUAGAUAAGUUAUUGAAACAUGUGACAUACCGAUAAAUACGUGACUAUAUGUAUUAUGAAAUUUUA